CUUCAAUUCACCGGUGUUGCUGCUAAUGCUAUAUUGCUUUUGGUCUUGAUCGAUCAACACCUGAAGUAAGUUAAUUAAGCUCUUUUCAAUAUCAUAAUAGUAGAGUACAUAAUAUGAAGCCUACUCUUGUGUUUUUACUGCUAUAUAUAAUUCUUAUGAAUGGUGGAGUUUUUACUCGUGGGCUCAAGGAAGAUGCCAACAUAACCGUAUCGAGUUCCUGCAUUGAAAAGGAGAGGCAAGCGCUAUUGAUUCUUAAAAACCACCUUGAUGAUGUCUUUGGAUUUCUUCAUAAUUGGGGAAGCGAAGAAAAAAAGAAGGAUUGCUGCCAAUGGGUGGGCGUUGAUUGUAACCACACUCGGCAUGUGAUCAUACUUGAUCUUUCUGAUAAAGGUUUAAGUGGAUCCAUGUCUACUUCCCUUGGAGAUUUGACUAAUCUUAUGUAUUUAAACCUCCGUAGCAACAAUCUAACUGGAAACUUGCCCAGUACUGUGGGUCAGCUUUUAUAUCUUGAUUAUCUUGACGUUAGUAACAAUUCUCUCAAUGGAAACAUACCUGACUUCACGGGAUGUCCAUCUUUGGCAAUCUUAGACCUCUCUAGUAAUGAUUUUACUAGAAACUUACCCACGAGUGUGAAUCAACUUCUAAAUCUUGUUGCUGUUAAUGUUAGUCACAAUUCUUUGAAUGGAAACAUACCUGACUUCACAGGAUAUCCAUCCCUGUACACCUUAGACCUCUCAAGUAAUAAUUUUACUGGGGACUUGCCCGAGAGUAUAGGCAAACUAACAAAUCUUCGUUAUCUUUACGUUAAUAACAACUCUUUUAACGGAAAUAUCCCUGACUUCACCGGAUGUCCAUUGAUGUCAGCCUUAGACCUGUCUGAAAAUAAUUUAACUGGGCACUUGCCCAUCAGUGUGGGACAGCUUUCAAAUCUUGAUUAUCUUGAUGCUUCAUCCAACUCCCUUAAUGGUGUAAUCUCGGACCUUCAUUUUCAAAAUCUCACCCUGUUAACUUAUUUGGAUUUGUCUUUCAAUUCUUUUUUGCUUGAGUUGACGUCCAUUCCUUCUCAAGUGGAGACAAUAAAAUUGCAAUCCUGCAAGUUAGGACCUCAUUUCCCUAUCUGGCUCAAAACUCAACAUAUGUUUACAUAUCUCGAUAUUUCAAGUGCUGGAAUAUCACAUAGAAUUCCUUCAUGGUUCUGGGAUCACCUACCAUCUAGAUUGAAUUUUCUUAACAUCUCUUCAAAUGAGAUAAAAGAUGUGAUACCAGAUAUAAAGGUAGACUUCGAUGAAUAUCCUGGAAUAGAUUUGAGUGACAAUCAAUUUGUAGGUACUGCACCACUUUUUCCUUCUAAACUUGCCGCAUUACUCCUUUCUGGAAACAAGCUCUCCGGAAACAUCUCUUUCUUGUGCCAAAUUGACAAGGCAAUAACUUUGAUUGACCUCUCAAACAAUUCGUUCACAGGGAACCUUCCUGAUUGCUGGUCGAAAUUUCAAAACAACUUAACAAUUCUUAAUCUAUCCAAUAACAAAUUGUCUGGAAAAAUUCCUUCUUCUUUGGGAAACUUAUCUCGCCUCGAGGCAUUGUAUUUGCGAAACAACACCUUUAUUGGUGAACUUCCACUGUCCUUGAGUAACUGCACAAAACUAAGGUUUGUAGAUCUUGGGGAAAACAACUUAUCUGGCAUGAUACCUGCAUGGAUAGGGGAAAGACUAACCGAUUUAUAUGUUCUUGUUCUACGAUCCAAUAGAUUCUUAGGUACGCUACCUACGCAAGUAUGUUGGUUGUAUAAACUUCAAUUUCUUGACCUUUCUGAGAACAAAUUAUCAGGCAACAUUCCUGAAUGUGUUGGUAACCUUACAGCUAUGUUCACGAAACCGUUUGGGUAUGACAUGUGUACCCAUUUUUAUUCGUCAUAUGCUACUACUAAAUAUGUCUAUGGGCGAAGUGAAUACACAAAUAUGGCAGGGGCAAUAUAUCGCUCACUUCAACCCAAUUCCGGAGAGACCAUCAUAGAAGCUACAGAAGAAGGUCUAUUCACUGACAUAGCAUUGGUUGCAUGGAAAGGAAAACUUCGUGAGUUUGGAAGAAGUAUUCUGGUGCUACUUAAGAGCAUUGAUCUUUCAAACAACAACUUUUCUGGAAUACUCCCCAAUAAGAUCACUAAUCUUACUGAAUUGGUGUCGUUAAAUUUGUCUGGUAACAAAUUUCACGGACAAGUCCCAAAAGAUAUCGGGAAGUUAAAAUCACUUGAAUUUCUUGACUUGUCACGCAAUGAAUUCUCCGGAAGUAUUCCCUUGAGCUUGUCAUGGGUAGAUUCUUUAGGUUAUCUUGACCUCUCAAACAAUAACUUCUCAGGAAAAAUCCCACUUGACAAUGGGGAUAAACUUCAAAGCUUCAAUUCUUCCUCCUAUAGUGGUAACCCUCUACUGUGUGGACUUCCACUAACGCUAGAAUGCGGGGUUAUACAUGAUCAUGGAAAGCAUGAAGAUGAAGAAGAAGAAGAAGAAGAAGAAAGUGAAGUUUGGAAAUCGUAUUACAUAGGAAUAGGUGUUGGAUUUGCUGUUGGAUUUUGGGGAAUUUGUGGUGCUGUGUUUCUCAAUCGCCGAUGUAGACAUUUCCUGUUUGUAUCAUUGAGCCAUGUAAAGGAUUGGAUAUACGUAACAAUGGUUGUGUAUCUUUGGAAGCUUAAAAGGCUUUAGGGGUAAACUAGAUUUAUAAGGAAUUUCACAUACUACCGAAGAUUGAAUUAUCAUAAUGUACACUAGAUUCAUAGGGAAUCUCAUACUUCAUAAUGUAGUAGAUCAAAUUAUCAUAAUGUAUAUAAGAUUCAUAAGGAAUCUCAACUUCAUACUCUAGUAGAUCAAAUAUCAUAAUGUAUACUAGAUUCAUAAGGAAUCUCAUACUUAUUCUCAGUUAUCAUAUAGUAAAGACUAAAGAAUUUUAAUUUGAUAGUC